ACUAUAAUAUAGACGAUUCUUGUGAUUCAUAGUGAACGGGAGGCGUUAAAUGAACGGUAAAACAGUUGAAUGAAAGAAAUUAGAGAAUAUUAAUAUAGUUAAUUAAUUUUUCCUUAGUUUAAGCUAAACCCCGACACAUUUAGGACAAGGGCACGCUAUUGGGCCCAUUUUAUUUUCUACUAAACUCUCCUCUAUUAGCAAUGGCUGCUUUCAACACUUUUCUAAUUGAAGAGCAGUUGCAGUGUUCUGUCUGUCUGGACAUAUUCACUAAGCCUGUUUCUACACCAUGUGGACACAACUUCUGCAUGGCUUGUCUCAACAAAUACUGGGACAACAGUCAAAAUUGCAUCUGUCCAUUGUGUAAGAAAGAAUACAGCAAAAGGCCACAACUUUGUGUUAAUACGUUCAUAUCUAAUCUGGCCGCUCAGUUUAAAGAGUCAUUGAAGGUGAAAUCUAGCAGUCACACAAAGGAACCUCCUGCUGCACAGGGACAUGUGCCGUGCGAUGUCUGUACUGACCAAACCCAGAUGGCUUUAACGUCCUGUCUGGAUUGUGGUAUGUCGUUCUGUGCUACACAUCUGGAGCAUCAUAAAAUUGCUGUGAAACUUAAGCAACAUAAAUUAAUUGAUGCUGUAAAGAACCUGGAGAUCUACAUAUGCCAGAGGCACCAGAGACCUCUGGAGUUGUUCUGUAGGGAUGAUGAGAAGUGUGUGUGUCUGUUCUGCACUGAGGGAGAGCAUAAGAGCCACAACACCAUUUCUUUAGAGGAGGAGAGUGCAGAGAAAAAGAUUAAGUUGCAGAAAACACAAGCAGAGUUUCAGGUGAAGAUCCAAGACAGACUAAAAAAGAUUGAAGAAAUAAACCACUCUUUAGACCUCAAUAAAAAAAAUAUAGAUGAGGAAAAAGACGACAGCUCUGAACUCUUCAGGUGUCUCAUGAGCUCCAGCAAAAGAAUGCAGGCUGAUCUGCUUAUGGUGUUGGAGAAGAAACAGAAAGGGUUAGAAAGCCAAGCUGAAGAGCUUGUUCAACGACUAAAACAGGAAAUUACUGAGUUGAAAAGAAGUGACACUAAACUGGAGAAGCUCUUGGUCUCUGAAGACCACGUUCACUUCCUCCAGGCUUGCUUAACAAUGCCCACCCCUUCAUAUACCAAUAACCUGGAUAAAAUGAAAAUUAACAGCAGUCUGAUUGUGAAGGAUAUGAUGAAAGAUUUGCUUGAUCUUCAGCAAUCUGUCAGUGCUACUGCUAAGAAGAUGUCUGAGCUAACAAACCUGGAUUAUCAAAGAGAAGAGAUAAAAAAGCUGUUGAAUACUCCAUUACAAAAAGGUGACACAUGGUACCUUGUUGACAGCAAGUGGUUCAACAGGUGGAAGAAAUAUGUGGGAUUUGAUAGCAGUAACAUGGCUAGUUUGGGAGACCAGAUGUUUUACCCUGGACGAAUGGAUAACUCACAACUCUUAAAAGAUUCACUCUCUAUCAGGGAGCAUCUACUUGAACAUCUGGACUACAACCUUCUGCCUAAAGAGGUAUGGGGUAAACUGCUAAGCUGGUAUGGACUGUCUGAGCACCAGAAGCCUAUUGCACGAAAAGUGGUUGAGGAAGGCUUGUUUGCAAAGUCCUAUAAGGUGGAGGUCUUCUUUACUGAACUGAGAUUAUGUGAAUUCAGCAACAUGGACCAAGGCAUAAGUCGGCACUUUAGCAAAGUAGAAACAGUAGCAUGUAUUGAAAAGGAAAUGCGCAAAAUCUUCAAUAUUCCUGAUGGAAAGGAAACCAGGUUGUGGAAUAUAUAUUUGCGAAAUCUGUUUAAGCCUCUGGACUGCCCUAGUAAAACCAUUCAGGAGGCUGGUCUCUUCCAAAAACAAACAGUGUUUAUAGAACAGAGAAAUGAAGAUGGAACAUGGCCACAACGUCAUUACUGAAAUCUCUAUAUAUAUUUCAGUAGUAAAGUGCACUAUAAAGCACUAGUGGCCACCAUAUGAAUCUAAAAUCAUAUGUGCUUGUUGAAUGUCCCAUUCUAGGUUGACUUCCCUUUUGCUGUUCCAAUAGAAUUUGAAGUGUGGAUGUGGGGAUUUGUGUAGUUGGGUGAGGAGCCCUGGGGCACAGGCAGGGUUCCAGUUCAUUCCGACGAUGUUCAGGGAUGAGGUUGAGGUCAGGGGUCUGUGCAGGACACUCAAGAUCUUCCAUUCCUACUUUGGCAAACUAUCAGUGUGAGUCCACAAACCUUUAGCCAUAUAGUGUAUAUACAGCAUAUAAGGAGUAUGAAAAUAUUAUUUGAUGCAUAGCUUGCAUAAUUGAGAUGAUUGAAUAUCACACUGUUUAACAUUUAUUUAGCAUUUAUGUUAUUUGCACUGUAGGGGAUAUAUUCUAUUGUUACUUAAUAAUUGAAAAUAUCUUUGGCAUCAUUAAGGAUUUAGGAAAAGAAACAUGUUUACCUUAUUUGUUAAUCUAAGUGACACAAUCAUGGAUUUUAUUUGAGCUCUUGUUUUAGAAGAGCACAUUUAGUAUGUGCUAGAUACUCACUCGCUGGGUGCUAUCUGUCAUGUUAUGCUAAGAGCUGUCUGGAUGGGACUCGGUAAAGGACCAAAUUGGGAGGAAAAAGGUUCAAAGUCACAAAGAAAGUAAUAAAAAGUGAAAUGAUCAUAUUGAUGCCUUCAGAGUUUGACUAGUUGGAACUGUGUAGAUCAUUGUUUGCUUUUUCUCUCCAAUCAUUACAGCUCUCUUACUUGCAGGCAUGCAGAAUCUAAUCAUAUUGAUGAUAUGGAGAUACAGUAUGUGUGAAAUGUAUGUACCACUCUUCUCAGAAUAAAUAUCAAUAUAAAUAUG